GCAUUCCCGCUGUCCUACUUGAUUGACGAAUACAUAUUUCAACAUGGCGGCCGGCGAACGAGGAGCCGAUACUGAAAUAGGCGGACAAUUACGCCGAUUAGAAGUGAUGCCCCUAGACAGUGGAGAGGAUGAAACUUGUGUUACGUUUGUUUUGCACGAAGAAGACCAUACGCUGGGAAAUUCUUUGAGAUAAAUCAUCGCGAAAAACCCUGAUGUGAUGUUCUGUGGUUACAGCAUUCCACAUCCAUCAGAAAACAGGAUCAAUCUCCGCAUCCAAACAAAUGGUAUUCCUGCUGUAGAAGUUUUGAGAAGAGGUCUAUCGGAACUAACCGCAAUGUGUGAACACAUGCUGGCCACAUUUGAGACUGCAGUCGAGGAAUACAAGGAUGCUCAACAUUUAGAUAUAUCACCGUAGGAUGAAAAUUUUUUUUUGGCUGUGGAAAGAACAAGCAGAAAGUUUCAAAUCAUAUGAUCAGAGACUGUGUCAAGAAGAAAAUCGAGGUUGGACUUGCUGGACAAGUAGAGAUGUUUCAAGCAAAUAGGUUUUAACUGGCUCAGUUUAGCAGUGGAAGCUAAGGCACUUCCAAGACUUGCCAAGGACUUGUGCUGCCUCUGUCAUUUUGGAAUAAGAUGACAAUAUUUUUAAAUGAAAACUGUUUCAUUGAUGGCUUAAAGCUGAUUCCUUAGAAAUAAAGCUUGUUGCACAAUUUUUUUUU